CAAAAACUUCAUACUGCAUUCAUUCCAGACAAAAAAAUUACGCUUCACUAAUGAAAGUGCCAAAAGCCUGGUUUUUUUUCCCUUUCUUGUUAAGCGUGGAAUCCUAGGUGCCUAGAACCGCUGUGUCCCUGCUUUUUGUAUCCUUCCCUUCCUUUCAUAAUGGGCGCUCCCAGCAAUGGUCUUGGCUUUUUCUCUUCUAGAACGGCCAUUUUUGGUGUAGGCUUGACAUUUACUCUAGUUCUCUUCACCAUCUUGACCCGACUGUUUUACAGUAAGUGCUUUUAUAAACGAUCGCUAAUUGUCGUAACAACCUUUUUCUUUUUUGGACUCAUCACUCACCGUGGCAAUCAUCAGCUCCCCAGGAUCCUACCCGAUGUCAAAGUAUGCUGAACUACGGAUGGUGGCUGGACGAUCGGUUUAGUGCCUGGCAACCAUCC